AUGCGGGGCGGCGGCGGCCCGGGGGAUGCUCCCCGCCGCGGGCACGCCAGCAUGGAGCAGCGAGCAGGGCCACCAGAGCCAAGACCUGCAGGACCCAGCACGCAUCCGCAGCCCAAGGAGGGGACGUUGUGGGGUGUCCUCACCAUCCUCUCACUGCUGGCCGGGCUGGCCACGGGAGCCCUGUGUACCCCGCACUGCAACGAGACGCUGGAUGCGGCCCCCACGCCGCGGGACAUGGCCACUGCCAGCCCCAGCGCGGAGGAUGGCGUGGAGAUGCCGCUCGCCUGGAGCCAGCUGCACGGGGACAACAUGACAACGGGGGCCCUGGGUGCAACGGAGCUGGCGGAGGACCUGCUGCUGCGCGCCGAGCGCUCGCCACCGGGCAUGGGCAAAGCCAAGAAGGCGCGGAAACCCUUGCGGGGUGCCCGCGGACGCAACUGCCACAUCCGCAACCUGAUGGUGAAGGUGCGCGACCUGGGCCUGGGCUUCAACUCGGACGAGAUUGUGCUCUUCAAGUACUGCAGCGGCUCCUGCCACCGGGCGCGCAGCAACUACGACCUGACGUUGGGCAGCCUCCUGCGGCAGCAGCUCAUCGUCCCGGGGCCGCAGGAGCGCAUCCUCAGCCACCCCUGCUGCCGGCCCACCCGCUACGAGGCCGUGUCCUUCAUGGACGUGCAGAACACGUGGCAGACAGUGGAGAAGCUCUCGGCGGCCGAGUGCAGCUGCAUCGGCUGA